CUACGUUGAAAACGCUCUUUGACGUCAUCGUGGGAGUGUUCCAUCGGGAGAAAUGAACGUUCAUCAACACAAUCCUCUCAGCGCCCAUCAUGUGACAUUCCGAAACAUCAGUGGAAACUGUUGACUGAAGAGAAAAGGACAUCCCAGCUCUUGUACUUUGAAAGAGUGUUCAAAGGAAGUGGGUUUUUGGAAAUUUCCUUGGAAUACUUAGGCUUUUCCUAUGCAGUGAAAUCCCAAUAGGCCUGCUGAUGACCGGAACUCAAGCCAACCCUGAGCAGUAAGUCGGAAGAGGAGAAGCUGGACGGAGGACGAGCAUGUCUUUGAGCCAAUCCGCAUGCACGCGCAUAGGGCCCAAGUGAGUGAGCGCCAUACUCCUUGCUUCCCGACUUUUGAAGCUGCCUCUCAAAGGGGGUGUGUUGUUGGGGCGUAGCUAGACCCCCGCACCCCCAGAGUUGACCCUGUGGCUGAGCGUCAGCCUGGCGCCCCCUGAUGGAUCAGGCUAGUAGUGAGCAGAGUCCUGAGGAGCCGGAUGCGGGAGGUCGGGCGGAGCAGGAGGUGGGCCGAAGGGCGUCUGAGUCGGAGCACGGCCUGUCCAAAAUCACCCACAAUGCACUGGAGAACAUGGGCGCGCUUGGCCACGGCCUGAAGCAGCUUUUCCAGCCGCAGCGCCGCCGCUCGUCCGUCUCCCCGCACGACGCCGCCGCCUCCUCCUCAGGUUGCCCCGCCCUUGAGCCCCCUGACGGUGGGGGGCCAGAGGUUGGGGACGCCCACUCGGCACCCGGUCCGGACUCUGACCCCCACACUACUUCCUCCGCUCCCCCUGCAGCUCUGAGCCGCGUUCUGCAGCAAAUCCGUGGCGCGCCCCCCAUAAUGAAGCGAGGGACCAGUCUGCAGAGCCGCCGCACCAAGGCGGGGGGGACCGGGGACCCCCCCCAGAAAGGCAGCCCCCAGAUCCACCGGAGGAGUACCCAGGAGGUUAUGCUGCUGCAGGCUGGCCGCCCGCGCUCCUCCUCCACCACGGACACGCCCACCAGCCCCGCCCUGGCCGACAUGCUGCUCACUUCCGGGUACCACUCCACUGAGGAGCCUGACAGGCUGGAUUGUCUGGACGGUUCCGGCCCGGCUGUAUCGCCCAACGCCCUCUCCUGCGGAGCCGACGGCUACGGGCUGGACUCGGUCGACACCACCCCCGACCCCCAGCGCACAAAACAGGCCAUCGCCCAGCUGCAGCAGAAGAUCCUCAAGCUCACCGAGCAGAUCAAGAUUGAGCAGACGGCCAGAGACGACAACGUGGCCGAGUACCUGAAGCUGGCCAACAACGCGGACAAGCAGCAGAGUGCCCGCAUCAAACAGGUGUUUGAGAAGAAGAACCAGAAGUCGGCCCAGACCAUUCAGCAGCUGCAGAGGAAGCUGGAGCACUACCACCGCAAACUGAGAGAGGUGGAGCACAACGGUAUCCCCCGUCAGCCCAAAGACGUGCUCCGAGACAUGCACCAAGGCCUCAAGGGCGUGGGCGCUAAGGUCACCGGUGGUCUCUCCAGCUUCUCCCACGCCACUCACUCGGCGGCCGGGGCCGUGGUGUCCAAGCCUCGCGAGAUCGCCUCCCUCAUCCGCAACAAGUUUGGCAGCGCAGACAACAUCUCUGCCCUGAAGGACUCCCUGGACGAGCCCCAGGAGGAUGGUCACGUUCUGGGGACUGGGGGGUCCAGGACCCUGGGGGGGGCCUCUAGCCCCAAGUACGGCAGCGAGGACGACUGCUCCAGUGCCACCUCCGGCUCGGCUGGGGCCAACAGCAUCACAGGGGCCCCCGGGGGCCCGCCCAGCUCUAAGGGYUUGAACACACUGGAGCACGGCCAGAGCUUGGGCUUGGACACGCUGCUCCACGAGGUCCAGGAGCUCCGGGACAGCCAAGGUCGGCUGGAUGAGUCGUUUGACAGCCUGAAAAGCCACUACCAGAGAGACUACACCAUGAUCAUGCAGGCCCUGCAGGAGGAGAGAUACAGGUGUGAGCGUUUGGAGGAGCAGCUGAAUGACUUAACAGAGCUGCACCAGAAUGAGAUCCUGAACCUGAAGCAGGAGCUGGCCAGCAUGGAGGAGAAGAUCGCCUAUCAGUCAUACGAGAGAGCUAGAGACAUUCAGGAGUCUCUGGAGGUGUGCCAGACGCGUAUCUCCAAGAUGGAGCUGCAGCAACAACAGCAGCAGGUGGUCCAGCUAGAGGGCCUAGAGAACGCCACGGCCCGGACCCUGCUGGGCAAGCUCAUCAACGUACUGCUAGCCGUCAUGGCCGUGCUCCUGGUAUUCGUCUCCACCGUGGCCAACUGUGUGGUGCCCCUGAUGAAAACGCGCAGCCGCACCUUCUCCACGCUGCUCUUUGUCGUCCUCCUCGCCUUCCUGUGGAGGAACUGGGARGUCAUCUCGCAGUACCUGGAUCGCUUCCUGUUGUCCCCGAGUUGACCUACAGGGGUGGGGCUCUCUCAAUGAGUGACGAAGGGAGGUGAUGGCGGGGCGGGGCUCCCUGAACAAUGAGGGACAGAGGUGGGGCCUGGUGUGGGACGACGACUAACUAACAAACCCGUACACUGCCUCUGAUGCAUGUGGUGGAGCCAGGCCAGCACAAWGGGCGGGCUUAGCGGAAAGGAKGAUGAGGAGCCAGGAGAUCUGCACACUUACUCCUCUCGCUCUCUCCAAGCAGUGCAAUUGUUUACACGUGGAAGACGUUUUCUUACUUUAGAAUUGAUUCAAGUGGUAUUGAAUUUGUUUCUUCUUGUUAUUGUAGUCACUAAUGCAGAUGCUUGAGGGCUUUCUCUUGUGGCAGGAUUGGGAAGGUAAACAGCUGACAUGUUGAUGAUCCACAUGGCUAGUGACUUUUCUCUACGUCCAAAAUCUCUCUUCCUUUUCUCUCUUUAACCCUAAAAUCUCUCCUUUCUCCCUUUUCUUACUCCCAAUAUGUUCUCUUCCGUGUUUGUCUUCCUCUGCCCCUCUUCUCAAUCACCCCAGUCUUUGCCCAUUUCACCAAAUCGCUCUUCUUUCUGGGAGGAUUGAUGUGACUAGCUACAGUGCACUGCUGUGGACAAAAUCAAAUUUAUCACUGGAUCAAGCAAGUGAUGGGUUCUUGACUUGUUUCUAUUGGACGAGCUAAACGUGACGUUGGGCCUGAUUGGAUCAGGACUGAGUCGGAAUAUUCUCAGCUUGAAGCCCCGCACUCUUGGCCUGGCCUGUUGGAUCUGCCCCUGCUGAGACUAUAAAAUAAAUGAACAUACUUGAAGAGCUGUGAARCUGCUCAGACUUUCAGUGCUUCCGUACUGUUUCUAUUAGUGAAAUGAAAUGUCAACUUUUUAUUUUUUAAAACAAAUAAACAUGCGGUUUUAAAAAUGCAG